AUGCCAGAUGAAUUCGUGAAGAUCACUGAGUCGUUAGUACACGAAACGCAGAAGAUUGACGGUCAAGAGAAACCCCUUCCCGCUAUCCAGCCCAAGAAGAACACGGUCCUCGUCUCGCAUGGAAGACCACCUUGGUACUCGGAGGAUGGCCAACGAACCUCGGACGCGUUCGUCAUUGGUGUAGCGGGUGGAUCGGGAAGCGGGAAGACACAUGUCGCAAGGGAGAUCAUUAGGAAGCUUGGGUCGAUCCCAACCGUAAUUAUCCUCUCGCAAGACAGUUUCUACAAGUUCCACAAUGAAGAAGAACUCGCGCUCGCGCAUGCCAACAUGCUUGACUUCGACCACCCUGAUGCUCUGGACAUGCCAAUAUUUGCAGCUUGCUUAUCCGACCUCAAGGCAUGCAAGCAGUCCAACAUCCCGGUGUACUCUUUCGAGCAGCACCAGAGGCUACCAGAGACGAAGUAUCUUUACGGGGCUACGAUUAUCAUUGCGGAGGGUAUUAUGGCCCUAGUAGACUCCGCAUUACGAGAAUUAUACGAUCUUAAGGUGUACGUGCAAUGUGAUUCAGAUUUGAUGUUAGCACGUCGCAUCCGAAGGGACGUCAAAGAGAGAGGCAGGGACGUGUCUGGCAUCCUCGAUCAGUACCUCCGGUAUGUCAAGCCAUCCUACGACAAUUUCGUCCGUCCAACGGCCAGCUAUGCGGACAUUAUCGUCCCUGGGUCGAACAACUCGGUUGCCAUCGACUUAAUUUGCACUCACAUUCGCGAAAAGCUGGAGGAACGUUCGAACAAGUUCCGCCAAAAGAUUGCUAUUCCUCAUCGCUAUCUGCCCUCCAAGUCAGGAGCAAGCACACCAGAAAGCAGGGUCGAAGACCUGGAUUUGACGAUCCUUCCUCAAACGCCACAAGUCGAGGGCAUCUUUACGAUUCUUCGAGACAAGACCACAGGCCGUCAAGAUUUCGUGUUUUUCAUCGAUCGCCUUGCCACCCUUCUGGUAGAGCAUGCGUUGCAGCACCUACCCUAUGCACCCAAGGCCGUCACGACUCCCGUUGCAGAGCAAUCUCAUGGGAAGAAGAUGGAUGCCCAACAUAUCUGUGGAGUGACAAUCUUGCGCUCCGGCGGUGCCUUGGAACGGGGCUUCAGGAGGGUUAUUAACGACGUCCCAGUCGGCUCACUUCUUAUCCAGUCGGAUAGCAAGUCUGGCGAAGCGCUGGCUCUCCAGGUGAACCUACCUCGAUAUGUCAAGCUCCGACACCUAGCAGACGCGACAUUUGUGUUCUUGAUGGACGCCCAGAUCGGCACCGCAGCAGCUGCCUUCAUGGCAAUUCGCAUCCUCCUGGACCACGGCGUGCGUGAAGACCGCAUCAUUUUUAUCACCUUUCUCGUCGCUCGCGCAGGCGGAGUCUCCGUCCUGCGGCGGGCAUUCCCCGGAGUGAAGAUAGUCUGCGGCGGUGUGGACGAUGAAAUGCAGGAGGGCUGGCUCGAGGGGUACAAGGGCGAGGGAAAUCCAGAAGGCAGAGGCCGGAAAGUGUGGGUCAUGAAGCCAGGUAUGGGACAGAUCGGCGAUCGUUAUUAUCUAUGA